CCAUACACAAAUACAAAGAAGCUACAGACAGACUUUCAAAGCUUCGAAUCACCCAUUGCCAAACUUAAAUAGCUUUCUAUCUUUCUCUGCCACUGCCAACCCAAAUGGCCUCCACUGUCGGUGAAGUGAUCACUUGCAAAGGUAUAAAGAUACGGUGUUUCGUUGCAGUACGCUUUUUUAUUUAUUGAUUGAUUUAUUUAUUUUGAAUCUGAUUAAUUUGAGUUGUUAAAAAUAUUUGAAUUCUUACUUUUAUAUGUCGUUCCUUUUUCUUAAUAUGCCCGUCAACCAUUAUUUAUACUGGUAGCCGAUCAUUACAAGAAUUCGAAUAAUAGACCUAUCGAUCAAAGACUUCGGUACGAUAUUAACGAAUCAUUUAAUUCUCCAUAACUCGAAUUAUUGAAAAAGAUUUUAUUCUUAAUUUUUACAUGGGGUGAUAUUGAAUAAUAUGUAGAGAAGGGGGAAAAAACUAUUGAAAAUGAUAUAGGGAAAUGAAGCACGUAAAGUAAAAACUAUUUGUCCAAGAAUAUGCAAGAUCUACUUAAUUAGACCCAAUUGUUGUGUCAUGUGUGGAAGCGUUCAUAAAGCAAUUACUUAAUUGUUUCUCUGCCUCACCAGCAGGCAGAAUGUGUGUUAUUAAGUAUAUUAACUAUCCACUUGUAUCGUUAAAAUAGCUGCCUAAUUUUUUGGCAUGUGAAAAUUUCUAUGCAUUUGUGCUUUUCCUAGUGCAAAUAUAUAUCAAUCGCUAAAAUUUUACUUGGGUUUUGACGUGAGAAAUUCCCUAUGUAUAUCUUGCAGCGGUCGUGUGUAAGAAAGUGCAGAAACCCGGGCAAACGUACAACGAUAUAAUCGAGGUGAUGGAUAUACAGGUGGAUCCGCCGCAAAACACCGAGAUCAGGGUCAUGAUGCUGUCUGCCGGUAUCUGCCACACCGACAUUUCAACUAUCGAGGGCUUCAUGACCACGGUAUAUUUUCGGUCUGGGUAUUUUCUGAAUAUUCCUAGUUUCAUUCCACAAUCAUCAAAUUGUAAUGUAAUAGUUUCUCUUGGUUUAAUUUGGUCCAUUAUGCAGACGAAUUUCCCUCGAGUUCUGGGGCACGAAGGUGUUGGGUAAGCUAGGCCAUGAAUUUUAAUUAUUAAUUAUUAAUCAAUUAUAGCAUUCUAAGCAAUAUUAAUUAUUAAUCAUCAUAGAUCUGUAAAUAAAAGGUGUAUUAUGUCAUCACCAGAUUUCUGUAGAACAUGAUACGUACCCCAAAGUUAAUAUUGUCCAUAUCGAACUCUACAAAUCUACAAUAUGUCCUAUGAUUUUUGGACAUAACGACGAGAUCAUAUCGCCCUAAUAAAUAAAUAAUAUAAUUAGGGGUGGCAGUUCGGUUACUGGUUAACCGGCCGGUUAUCCACUAACCGGUAAUCGAAGUAAUCGAACUUCGGUCGGUUAUCGGAGGCUAGACGAAAUAGUUUUUUGUCUUAAAAAUGGGUCGGUUAACCGAUAACCGAGAUAACCGAGAAACCAAAGCCUAUUUUGGGUAGUUUUCGAUAGAGGGAGUGGUUAUUUCGGUUAACCAAUAACCGGCCAAUCAGUUAUCGGUUAUAACCGAAAUGUCACCCCCUAAAUAUAAUAAUUACAAUGAUAGACCAGAAAACUCAUGUACUUUUUUUUUUCUUUCUCGUUUAAUGAUGAAGAAUCGUGGAGAGCAUGGGACCGGACGCGACAGGGUUCGCCGUCGGCGACUACGUGAUCGCCCCGACGUACGGCGAGUGCGGGACAUGUGGCAGCUGCCGAUCUGGCCGGACCAACGUCUGCCAGACGUACGGCGCCAACGAGGCGGCCCUCGAGCCCGACGGCGACUCCAGAUUCUCGUACAUCGACGGCGACGGCAACAGGCAGAUCCUCUACUACUUCCUCGCCUGCUCCACGUGGACACAGUACAUGGUCGUUGACUCCAACUACGCCGUCAAAGUCGACCGCAACGAAUUCGCCGCCCCGCAGGCCACCAUCCUCUCCUGCGCCUUCACCACCGGCUACGGCGCCGUCUGGCUCGAGGGCCUCGUCUCGCCGGGGGACACCGUCGCCGUCUUCGGCGUCGGCUCCGUUGGUCUCUCUGUAAGUGAUCUCCUCCGAGUUUGCAAAACUGCUACUCUUAAAUAGUGUCAUGAACCAGUUGGUCCCAAUAACUCGAGUUGUUGGGAGAGGGUUAUGCAACUUAUGAGCUUGAAGUUUGCACAGGCCCAACCCUACCAUGUGCUUGAAAGACAACGAUUAAUAUUGGGGGUCGUGAGGACUUGAACACGUGACCUCACGAACAAACCAACUCUGAUACCUUGUAUUGAACCAGUUGGUCCCAAUAACUCGAGUUGUUGUGAGAAGGUUAUGCUGGAUCUUAUACAGGCCCGUGUGUGGUGCUUAACCACUUCCUUACAAAUAGAUAUAUUGUUGUGAAUGCAUAUGUAUAGUAUUAUACGUGUAAUAAUGCAAUUCAAAAUCG